AGCGUUUGUUCAGGACGGUGAAACGGUGCCGUUAUGUCGCGUGGGUGUCGGUUGUAACACUUUGUACUAUUCACUAAAGCGAGGCGAACCUCAACUGGAGGAGUUUUGUUUUCUUUCUGCCUAAACCCGAAGCAUAUGUUCGUGCAUUUGCUUGAUACCAACCCGCUCCUGUGAAGUUUAAGGACGUGGAACGUGGACUCCGAGGGACGAGGACUGGAUUCUGCCGUGGAUCCACGCUCGCUCGGUAAGUCUGGAUAGCAUUCCUCAGAGCACAGCUGCAGACCAUUUACUGAUGGGUACAUACUGCGAGGCAACACGCCCAAAGAGCAGCACAUCAUUCAGAAGAGAAAAGAACAGUAAAAGAAUGAAGACAAGUUAAAUAUUACGCUCUCCACUGAACUGUUGGAAGAUUAUCUUUUGCUGGGAAUAUAUACAUACAUCUGUUUGCACUAGUAGAUGAGUACUUGGACUAAAUAAAUAAGAAAGCCGAAAAGUAACUUUGGCUGAUUAAAGCUUAUUUUAGAAGAAAGUACUCAAACAAAGCGGUCAACAUGAGUGCUGAAGGAUAUCAGUACAAAGCUCUUUAUGACUACAAGAAGGAGAGAGAGGCGGACAUUGAUAUGCAUGUGGGGGACAUAUUGUUGGUAAGCAAAGGAGCUCUGGUGGCUCUUGGGUACGUUGAUGGGCUGGAACAGAGGCCAGAUGAAAUUGGCUGGCUGCCAGGCUUCAAUGAAACCACUCAGGAAAAGGGAGACUUCCCUGGGACAUAUGUCGAGUAUAUUGGAAAGAAGUGGAUUUCUCCCCCCACACCGAAGCCAAGGCCGCUCAGACCCCUACCUGUAGCUCCAAGCUCCUUCAAGGCAGAAACAGACUCGGACUCAGAGCAAGGUUUCUUUCUAACGGACUUGACCGAGCAGUUUUCUCCUCCAGACACUGCCCCUCCGGUGCUGGUCAGACUGCUGGAAGCCAUCGAGAGGAAAGGCCUGGAUAACCCCACUCUGUACCGCACAUUCACGGCUGGAGCUGGACUUGAAGUCAGACAGUACUUUGACUGUGAUCUUCCCUCGGGUGACCUGGACCAGUUGGAACUUCCGGUUCUGUGUGACGGUCUGCGCAGGUACCUGCAGGAUCUCCCCCAGCCGAUCAUCCCCACUGCAAUCUAUGCUCAAAUGGUCCUCACUGCCAAAGAGGUGGUGAAUCCGGAAGAAUGUGCCCAGCUGCUACGUCGAAUCGGCAGCGCCCCAAGCCUGCCUCCCCAGUACUGGCUAACUCUCCACUGUCUGCUAAGGCAUUUCGCUAGAGUGUGCCAAAACGGCCCCAAGAACCUGCUCAGCGCCAGAGCCCUGGGCGAGAUCUUCAGUCCAGUGUUUUUCAGACCACAGGCCUCCAGUUGUGAACCCAGCCUGGAUGCUCAUGUCAAGAUCAUAGAGGUUCUUGUGACCAGUGAAUGGAGUGACGGUCAGGCUGCUCCAGCUCUACCUCCAAAGCCACCGAAGCCCACAAUUGUGACAAACAACGGUAUGAACAACAACAUGGCGCUACAGGACGCUGAAUGGUACUGGGGCGACAUCUCAAGGGAAGAAGUCAAUGAGAAACUGAGGGACACUGCGGACGGUACGUUUCUGGUGCGAGAUGCCUCAACAAAGAUGCACGGGGACUACACUCUAACGCUGAGGAAGGGAGGCAACAACAAGCUCAUUAAGAUAUUUCAUCGUGAUGGAAAGUACGGCUUCUCUGAUCCACUGACCUUCAACUCUGUUGUUGAGCUCAUCAACCACUAUCGCAACGAGUCCCUGGCUCAGUACAACCCCAAGCUAGAUGUCAAGCUGCUGUAUCCAGUCUCCAAACACCAGCAGGAUCAGGUGGUGAAAGAAGACAACAUUGAAGCUGUUGGGAGGAAGCUCUGUGAGUACCACCAGCAGUAUCAGGAGAAAAACAAGGAGUACGACCGUCUGUAUGAAGAGUACACCAGAACUUCACAAGAAAUCCAAAUGAAAAGGACAGCGAUAGAAGCCUUUAAUGAAACUAUAAAGAUUUUCGAAGAGCAAUGCCAAACACAAGAGCGAUACAGCAAAGAGUAUAUUGAGAAAUUCAGAAGAGAAGGCAACGACAAGGAGAUCCAGAGGAUUAUGGGCAACUACGAGAAGUUAAAAUCGAGGAUAAGUGAAAUUGUAGACAGCAAACGCAGACUGGAGGAAGAUUUGAAGAAACAAGCAGCAGACUACAGAGAGAUUGACAAGAGAAUGAACAGCAUCAAGCCCGACCUCAUCCAGCUCCGCAAGACCAGAGAUCAGUAUCUCAUGUGGUUGACCCAGAAGGGAGUCCGACAGAAGAAGCUCAACGAGUGGCUGGAAAUCAAGAACGAGAACACGGAAGAUCAAUAUUCAAUGGUGGAUGAUGACGAGGACCUUCCUCAUCACGAUGAGCGGUCCUGGAAAUUAGGCAACAUAAAUCGGACACAGGGGGAGGCUCUGCUCCAGGGCAAGAGAGACGGAACAUUCCUGGUUCGAGACAGCAGCAAAGCAGGAUGCUACGCCUGCAGCGUUGUCGUGGACGGUGAGGUGAAGCACUGCGUCAUCAACAAGACCCCCUCAGGCUACGGCUUCGCGGAACCAUACAACCUGUACAGCUCAUUAAAAGAACUCGUACUUCACUACCAGCACACGUCUUUGGUCCAACACAACGACUCUCUGAAUGUGACGCUAGCAUACCCGGUUUAUGCUCAGCAGAGACGGUGAGGACCCAGACGUAUCUGUGUGGACAAAAAGAAAAGGCCUCAUGAGAGACGGAGAUACACGAUGGAUUCUGAUUAAAACAAGGUUCUGAUGCCUGCUAUACCAGAGGAAGAGACACAGUAAAGCCUGAAACAUUUCAGUGACUGUGCCCGAUUACGAGCCAGAGGCGAGUCUGAAUGUAGUUUUAUUUCCCUAUUGCUUUUUGUGGGAGCACAGAACUAAGCAGGAACUGCUGAACUCUCCCUGAGCGGAGGACAUUUGAGGCCUUUUCCCAAUGGUGCUUAUUAUUUUUUCAAAGCUUUACCAGCUGGAAUGUUAAAUCGCACCAGAUAAACUCUUCAAAUGGAACUGUACCCACCAGCCACAACUUUGUUUUUCCACUUUUGUUUUUUUUUUUUCUUUCAAGUCAUCUGUUUGCGUGUGUGUUUGUGUGUGUUCCUACACAAGUGUUUCUGUGUAUGAGUGAGUGUGUGUGAUCGUCCAUGUGACCAAAACUCAUAGAAUCAGGAAACUGUGUGACAUCGGAGGCUGGGUAACACGUGUUUGUGUUCACCGUUGAGUAGCAGACCAUGGGUCUGCUGAUUAUGUAGCAAAAUGGCACUUUUAAACUUUUUUUUUUUUUGAAAAGAAGUCUAUAAACUUUAUCAGCAGAGCGAAGAGGACAAAGACGACUGCAUCCUCCCGUCAUGCUGUUGAGCAUUAUAGUGCAGAGAUAAACUUGAUCUUUACUGUGGGUAGGUGAAUUUAGUACAUAUUUAGUACACAGUUUAUGUACAUAUGUGAAUAUGUGCAAAAUCAUGAUUCAAAGCUCACCAUACCAAAAAGGAUCUGUUCCUCUUUAGUUAUAUUCUGAUCUGCUAUGCAAUUCUUUCACCGUUCUGUUCGUUCUGGUGCAGCCCACAACAUAAGCUUGUUUUACUGCUUGAGAAAUAUCUGUUUCUAUGUAAAUUUCCAAGAGAUAUUGUUUCACAAUACCAAGAUACAGCGUAUAAUUUUAAAAGAUGAUAGAAACAUGGAACUUUUAUUAUUAAAUACUUUAACUGAUAUAAAGAUGCAAAAUAAGUAUUUUAAUAGUCUUUGUUUGCUUCAAACUAAUGUUCUUCUCAGGCAGAGCCUUUUAAGUAUUUGAGCUGCUUCAGUCACAGUUUCGGACAAAGCUAAACCUACAUGCAGUUCUUUAUUGAGACCGACCGAGAAGAGGUUCGCAACCAAAAUCCAUGGAAUCGACAGUAUAGAUUUAUUUUGUUAUGUUCCCAACUGGUGGAUAUGGUUAAGGAUCAGUACACAUUGUCCACUUGGUAUUUUUCUGUAUCAGAAAAUCACUGUUUACAUGGGUGGAUCCGCUUCUUUCAGAUAGUCUCUAAUUUCAAACGGAAGCAUGUCAGUUACAUCCUAAUUUUACCCCAUUUAUAUUUUAGCUUUUACAACUGAUUGAUACAUGUGUAAAACGUAAGAAUAUAUUUUAAAUGACUUAACCCUUAACCUGUCACUGAACUAAUCAUGUUCCCCUUUUGAGUAUACCAGUAAUGUGAACCCCCCCCCCCCCCCCCCCAUCUCCAACUAGACUCAUUUUCAGCUCGGCUGCUAAACAUUAACAAGUUAUUCAUCUAAUUGUUUGUCUUCCAUUUUCACUAAAAUGCUAAACUAAAUUUCUUAAAUCUUGAUUCAUAGGAGUCUGUGUGUAUAAACUGUAAAUUGCAACAUAUUAGAUCUUUGUUAUUUGAAAGACUUUAUUCCCACCUUCUCCCAGUGCAGGACUUCUGCUCACAUUUCAUUCUUCACAUUUGUUAGAUGCGUCUGUGCUAAUUACUCUGUCAAGAUCCAGUAGUUUACUGGUUCUUCCAAAGCCAUUAACACGUCGGACACUAGACCUGUCACACAUCAAUAAUUUAACCCCCCCCCCCAACAGCUGCUGGCAUAAACUUGUUCUUGUUGUCAAAAAUAUAUAUUUUUUAUAACUCUGAAAACUUGCACCCUUAUUUUCUUGAUCAUAUUGUCGUAGAUGUCUUUUUUUCUUUGGAGCUCAUCUUUUGUGGGUGUCCCAGACAUGAUUUGAUUGAGAUUUACCAGUGUUCCCCAGUUCAAGCUUCUAAUCUGUAUUGGGCUUUGUUUAAAUAAAAAAAAGUAAAUAAAACACUUUUUUGGCAACA